GGAAGGGAGUUUUUAGUAAGUCACUUGCAAUUGCAAAUCGCGAUUGAAAUUAAAGUUCUACUUGUAUAAAUUCUCAUAAUCUCAAUAAAUCUUUCAUUAAAUUGAUUCGUCUACUUAUUCUCUAUUCUUAUCAAACAAACUGCUUUCAACUUUUAGUCACAAUACCAAACUCUCCUCUCUAUUUCCCCUCUUUCAUUUCUUCUCUUCGCAAAUCCUCUGCCUUUUCAUGGCUGCUUUUCGCCAUUGAAGAACAUAAACAAACCCUGGUUAACUUCAAUUGCUUAAAAAUGGCGGAUUCUUUCUUCAAUUUCUCAGUUAUCCUCUUGAUAUUAUGGAUUAUUUCAGUUAAAUUAGGAUCCAAUGCGCAACUUAUUCCUGAUGAUGAAGUAAAAAUUCUGCAAAUAAUUUCUAAUAAGUUGGUGAAUACAAAUUGGAAGAAGAUCUUGCCAACAUCCUGCAAUAAUGGUGCUCAAGGCUUCUUCAAACAAUAUGAUACAACCAUUCUUAGCAACGUCACAUGUGAUUGUACAUUUAAUAAAGGCACUGUUUGCCAUGUCACACAUAUCCAGUUGAAGGGUCUAAAUAUUACUGGACCUUUUCCUGAUGAAUUUGGAAACCUUACUCAGUUGGAAGAAAUUGACUUCUCCAGGAACUAUGUCAGUGGAACAAUUCCUAAAAGUCUGUCUAAGAUCCCACUUGUCACUUUAUCAGUUUCAGCGAAUCAGAUCACUGGUCCAAUUCCGGAAGAACUUGGACAAAUUACCACCCUUGAGACUUUGCUCGUCGAAGAUAACCGGCUACAAGGAUCUUUACCCCGUAGCAUUGGAAAUUUGAAAAAUUUGAGAAGAAUGGUGUUUGCUGCAAAUUUUUUAAAUGGAACAAUACCUGAAACUUAUGUCAAUUUGAAGAACCUCACAGAACUAAGAUUAAGUGGAAAUAUGAUAUCCGGGAAGAUACCUGAUUUUAUUGGCAAUUUGACGAACCUUGGAAUAUUUGAUAUUCAAGGAACGUCAUUGGAAGGGCCGAUUCCAUCUUCCUUAUCUCGUCUAACAAAUCUGACAAUUUUGAGAAUUUCUGACCUCAAUACUAAAAGUAUUCCAUUUCCAAACAUUUCACUAAUGAAAAAUCUACUGUAUCUUGUACUCAGGAAUUGCUCAAUUAAUGGUCCGAUUCCUGAUAUUUGGAACAAUUUGGCAAAUGUGAAGCAUUUAGACCUAAGUUACAAUCAGUUGAGUGGUGAUAUUCCACAAUCAAUGGGGACCUUGUCACACCUCAGCUAUCUGUUCCUUACAAACAACUCUAUUUCUGGAGCAAUACCAGGUUGGAUACUCAACAGCAACCAAAACUUCGAUGUGUCAUAUAACAAUUUCACUGGCUCUGCCCCUGCUAGUUGUCAGCAAUCUAGUGUGAACCUUGUGGCCAGCUAUUCAUCCGCAAACAGCAACUCAGAAAGUUGGUGCUUGAGGAGGGACCUUCCUUGCCCCAGUAAACCCCAACACCAUUCUUUAUUCAUCAAUUGUGGUGGACACAAGGUUGACAAAUUUGAAGAGGAUAGUACUCUUGGUGGCCCUUCAACGUUCUUUUCGGUUGGAGAUAUCCCUAGGUGGGCUUAUAGUAGUACAGGAUCAUUUCUUUAUAAAGAACGUGCCAACUUCGUGGCGACGGAAACAUCCAACCCGAAUGUAACAGGCAUUUACCAAACAGCUAGAUUAGCACCUAUAUCACUCAAGUACUAUGGCCUUUGCUUGCUGCCAGGGAGUUACCAUGUCACGCUUCAUUUUGCUGAGAUUAUGUUUGCUGAUGACCACAAGUUUGACAGCAAUGGCAGGCGCUUCUUUGAUGUCUCAAUUCAGGGGGAAGUAAUGCUGAAAGACUUCAAUAUCGAGGCAGCAGCUGGAGGUGCAGGCAAGGAAGUAACUAGGGAGUUUGAUGUCCUUGUAAAUGGGAGUACAUUAGAAAUCUACUUAUACUGGUCUGGAAGAGGGACAACUGCUUCUCCCAACAGAGGUGUAUACGGGCCUCUUAUAUCUGGGAUUUCAGUAAAGUCCAACUUCAAAGUCGGCAGAGGAUUGUCAGCUGGAGUCAUUGUUGGAAUUGUUCUUGCUUCAUGUGCCGUUCUUGUAUCAAUUUUAGUAAUUUUGUGGAUAAAGGGUUACUUCGGUAGCAAGAGGCCGGAAGAUGAAGAACUCCAAAGGUUAGGUACUGGAUAUUUUACCUUGAGGCAGAUUAAAGCAGCAACAGAUGACUUUGAUCUGAGAAACAAAAUAGGUGAAGGAGGUUUUGGACCAGUAUACAAGGGUGUAUUGCACGAUGGUAAAGUGAUUGCGGUCAAGCAGCUUUCUUCUAAAUCGAAGCAAGGAAAUCGUGAAUUUAUCAAUGAGAUAGGGAUGAUAUCUGCCCUACAACACCCAAACCUUGUGAAGCUUUAUGGGUGUUGUAUUGAAGGAAAAGAGCUAUUGCUUGUAUAUGAAUACAUGGAAAACAACUCACUCGCCCGUGCACUCUUUGGUAAGAAGGAUCAGAUAUUGCACUUGGAUUGGCAAACAAGAAAGAGCAUAUGCUUGGGAAUUGCAAGAGGAUUAGCAUAUCUUCACGAGGAGUCAAGAUUGAAGAUUGUUCACAGGGAUAUUAAGGCGACUAACGUGUUGCUUGAUGAAGACUUGAAUGCUAAAAUUUCAGACUUUGGCUUGGCUAAACUUGAUGAAGAUGAAAAUACUCAUAUCAGCACAAGAAUUGCUGGAACUAUAGGUUAUAUGGCUCCCGAAUAUGCGAUGAGAGGCUAUCUCACAGAUAAGGCAGAUGUAUACAGCUUUGGAGUAGUCGUACUCGAGAUUGUGAGUGGCACUAGCAACACAAGUUAUAGGCCAAAGGAAGAGUUUGUUUAUCUUCUUGACUGGGCUUAUGUCUUACAAGAGCAAGGAAACCUUCUCGAGCUUGUCGAUCCAAGUCUAGGCUCAAGCUACUCAAAAGUCGAAGCAUUAAGGUUGCUAGAAAUUGCCUUACUCUGUUCAAAUCCGUCUCCUAGUCUUAGACCCUCAAUGUCAUCAGUUAUUGGUAUGAUUGAAGGCCAAGCCCCGGUCCAAGCACCAAUUGUUAAGCGUACCGAGACGAACGACAAUUUAAGGUUCAAGUCUUUUCAAACUCUAUCACAGGACAGUCAAACUUAUGCCUCAGGGAGUUCAACAUCUAGCCAGGUUCAAAGAAGUACAUUGAUGGAUGGUCCAUGGAUGGAUUCCUCAAUAUCUAUGCAAAGCAAUGAUGAGUUUAGUGACAGGUCUCUCUCCACAACAAGACUGGUUUAUAAGCUCGCAGAUGUAAAGCUAGAUUAACAAGAGCAUUUGUUUAAGUCCGAGAUGGUUUUGGGCACAUGUAAGAUAUCCAGGCCAAAUGGAACCGAAAAAAUGUCAUAUGUUUUAGUUUCUUGUUAUAUUAUUUAAUGCUUUUUGUAAAGUUGUACAAUAAAUAGAUCAUCAAAAAUUAUUGUAUAAUUUCAGCUUGCCUAGUUACUGCGUUAGAUUUUAUUACAUAUACUCCUAAAUUAUAGUUGAGUUAUCAAAAGUCAAGUGUUGUCAACCUAAACUUACAAGGUUAAUGUGACGAGUAACGAUCAAUCUAAUGUAUUAUAGAAAAAUUUAAAGGAUAUUAUCAAUGGUACCCCUGUAUUAUUGCACUU